GAUAUGUACCUUCAAGCCAUAACAUACCGCCUUUACAUCAUCUACUUUUGCUUUUCACAACUAAUACAUACAUGUAUGUUGUAUGAAAUAUAUCAACUCCUAAAUUCUCUCAAUUCCUUUAUUCCUAACAGAAUAUACUCAUAUAAAAAGCCAGCAUACCAGAGAGAAGACUAGAGACAGAAUAUUGUUUUGGGGUUCCAAGAAACGUUAAAAAUAUCAGGGGUCAUUCUAGCGCUGAGUGAGCCCAUCGUCGAGAUUGUUUGAGUACGACUAUGGGCAAAUACAGAGGAAAUAGGUCUAUUCUAUUCCGCCAAAAGCCACCUCAGAAAUAUGUCAGCCCCAAAAAUUGCUGGAACGGGCCAUUCCGGUUCUUCGAUCUACCAGCAGAGCUCAGAGACCAAAUUCUAAAACUCGUAAUCCUCGAGUCAGAUUCUACAAAAUAUACUGUUCGUCUCUUCUUAACAUGUCAAAGCAUCUACGCCGAAGCUGCAACAAUAUUCUACGAAGAGGUCUACCUCGACAACAUGCGUCUUAAGGGGACGGUUGAUCCCUUUUUAGCUGGGCAACUUACCAGGGUUGCCCCUCGACAGUAUGUGCGGAACUUGACUAUCAGAUUCCCUAUGAAUGAACAUAUCUCCUUAUUCGGAGGUACCUACGGCACUGCCUUACGGGAAAUGGUAGAAGAAGGCCGACUCCAGAACUUACGACUAGAGGUCGGAAGCCGCUUUCCUUGCUACGAGUUCUGGGGUCUCGAGGAGGAUGAUAUGUUCACGUAUGGCAAUGUGCGCCUCCCGGAUCAAAGAGGGGGUUGGACGGUUGCUUCUAUGCCCCUUUUAGUUACGAGGGAACCGUUCCAGACUUUUCUUAAAUUCCUGGAAGAGUUCAGAGGUGUGAAAGCCUCUUUAUAUAUCGAUGCCAGGGACCAUUUGAAAUUUUGGUGCCCGUUCCAUCGUCUCCCUCCAUCGCCUAAGGAAUGCGGUGGGGAUUGGAGAGGCAGCGCAGCGGCGUUGAAGAUCCAGUGCUCGGUCCUAGUCAGGGUCUUCAAAGGAGCGCAUCCGGUGGGACCAACCCCUAAUAAAUGCUGAUAUCCAAUUGAUGCGUUUCUGGCUUAACAUUGCCAACGAAUUUAUCUCUUUUGACGGCGAGUUUGAUACUAGCUGGGGUUGUUUAUGAGAGUAUGAAUAUGAUCACGAUAAUAACGAGCUUCAUGUCCGCCUACGAAAAACCCCUCUUAUGACGAAUGUGGCGCAUUGAUGGAACCUCAUCGAACGAGUGGUGCCGCCAGGGGGUACAAUAAAUAACAAAAACUCC